AUGUCCGAUAGACCCACGCAUCGAGGCGGAAGAGGAGGAGGAGGUCCUCGCGGCGGACGAGGUGGUGGUCGCGGUGGUCGUGAUGGUGGUCGCGACGGCGGCGACAAGGGCGAGAAGCCCAAGAAGGAGAAUAUCCUCGACUUGGCAAAGUACAUGGACAAGGAGAUUACCGUCAAAUUCAACGGCGGACGAGAGGUUACGGGCACGCUGAAGGGCUACGAUGCGCUCAUGAACCUGGUGUUGGACGAGGUUAAGGAAACGGUUCGAGAUGAAGAAGGAAACGAGUCCACUCGACCUUUGGGCCUCGUUGUUGCUCGCGGUACUCUUCUCGUGGUCAUUGCUCCCGUCGAUGGUAGUGAAGAAAUCGCCAAUCCCUUUGCAACGGCGGAGGAGUAA